AUGAACAACGAAGAAAACAAAAACCUAGCACAUAGACAGCAUGUUAAAUAUUUUAUGAGAUUUCUAAAUGUUUUACCAGCUUCUCUCUCAUCUCAUGAUACAACCAGAGUAACAAUAGCAUAUUUCUCAGUAUCUGGAUUAGAUGUGCUUGGAUCUAUAACAUCAAUAUCCUUGGAUUUACAGAAUAGAAUAAUAGAAUGGCUAUAUAAACUGCAAGUCCACCCCAACAAAGAUAAUGGUGAUAUGUCGGCUUGUGGCUUCCAGGGUUCCUCGACAAUAAAUAUCGACUUGGAAGCAGAAAACAGGCAUUACAGAUGUGGUCAUUUAGCUAUGACGUACACGGGUUUGUGUAUCUUGCUAACUUUAGGCGAUGAUCUGUCAAGAAUUAAUAGAAAAGCCUUAAUUGAAGGUAUUAAAGCUUUGCAAACGGAAGAAGGCAACUUCGCAGCGACCCUGUCUGGCUGCGAGUCGGACAUGCGCUUUGUUUACUGCGCAGCAUGUAUAAGCUAUAUACUGAAUGAUUGGUCCGGCUUUAAUAUAAAACGAGCAACGGAUUAUAUUUUAAAAUCCAUAGGUUACGACUAUGGUAUAGCUCAAUGUCCUGAACUGGAAUCCCAUGGAGGUACAACAUUCUGUGCGUUGGCAACACUGAGUCUAACGAAUCAGUUGGACCAACUUUCCGAACAACAAAUAGAAGGUUUAAAAAGAUGGCUGCUUUUUAGACAGAUAGACGGUUUUCAAGGAAGACCGAAUAAACCCGUAGAUACGUGUUACAGUUUCUGGGUUGGCGCUUCUUUAAAGAUUCUAGAUGCCUUACAUUUAUCUAAUUACGCAAAUAAUAAAAGCUACGUGUACGAAACACAGGAUUAUGUGGUUGGUGGUUUUUCAAAAUGGCCGGACACGUGUACUGAUCCUAUGCACACCUAUUUAGGCUUGGCCGGUCUCAGCCUAAUCGGUGAAAACGGUCUACUAGAAAUCGUACCAACGUUAAAUAUAACAAAAAGGGCUCACGAUCACCUAAAAGCCUUACACGAACAAUGGGCGAGUGAAUCA